AUGUUUCAUGAAAAUGUUUUCAACCUUGAUUAUGACUCGCCCAUGUUCUGGUUCCUGGGAUCAGUCCUUCCGAGGAUGUCAAGUGUCGAGGAUGUCAUUUUAGCCGCGGCGGCGUGUGUCGUGUUGUCAAAGCAACGUAGGCCGAGACGAUACUGGGUGAGGCCGUCUCUGAAUUCCAGAGCUACGUACAGUGGAAACGACCUGUUGGACGAUUUAAAUAGAGAUGAUGUCGACCCUCUAUCAGGUGAACUGAGAACGGACGGAAGUUUUAAAAACUUUGUAAGAAUGACCAGUGAGGAUUUUGAAUAUAUAACUUUAAUGAUUGGUCACAAAAUUUCGAAAAUGGAUACGAAUUACCGAAAGGCUAUUUCUGUAACGGAAAAACUAGCCGUAACCUUGCGUUUUUUAGCUACCGGAGAUUCAUACACAAGCUUGAGUUACCUGUUCAAGAUAUCAAAAUCAACCAUAUCUUUGUUUGUACCUGAGGUGUGCGAGGCUUUAAUAGAUCUUCUGAAGGAUAACAUAAAGGUAAGACGUUAUAAGUAGACUAUACAUAGCCUAUAUUUGUUAUUUUGACAGCCAUUUUUAAAUAAUAUAAUAUAAAUAUUGUUGUUAACACUCAGAACCUGUUUAAGAACCCCCCGCUCUCGCCCCUAAAAGGUCCUAGGGUAUUUUAUGGCAAAUAUAUUUUUAUAAUUUUAAGCAAUAAAUCUACUACUGGUAUUUCGCUUUAUUUGUACCAGAAGUGUGUGCUGCUCUGAUACUAGACGCUAAUGCUUGUAUUAUAGAGUCGAGACAGGGUGGUUCGAGUGAUCACGUGAGUGAGAGUGGAGGUGGCAGCGUAGGGGAUGGCGGGGAAAUGUUUCUGUUUCGUGUUUCAACGGCACAUAGUGACCGAAACUAGU